UAAAAAAAAAAAAAAGAUGGACUCUUCGGACGACGAGUUCCUAAACGAUGCCUUUUCGCAAAUGGAAAACUCAAUCUUAGACCAAGAAGACACUCAACUAGUCAAUGUCGAUCCCGACCCAAAAUCAUUGGAAGUUUUAUUCAAAAAAUUCGGCCACAAACAAUUCCGCCCUCUACAAUGGAAGAUUAUAGAUUCUAUUUUGAAUAAGAAGCAAGACAAUUGUGCUAUAAUGACAACUGGUUAUGGGAAAUCGUUGUGCUAUCAAUUUCCUGCAGUGUUUUCGCAAGGGAUGACUAUAGUUGUCAGUCCUUUGAUUUCGUUGAUGGAAGAUCAAGUGUUGGCGUUGACUGUAGCUAACAUUCCAGCCUGUUUACUAGGAAGUGCACAAAAAAGCAACUCAAAAACUAUUCAAGAGAUUCUAGAUAAUCAAUACUCAAUAGUUUAUUUGAGUCCAGAAUUUUGUUGCGGGGAAUCAGGCUUGGGGUUGCUGAAUGAAAUUAAAAACCGUUGCAAAGUUGUUUUGAUUGCAAUAGACGAAGCUCACUGUGUGAGUUCUUGGGGGCACGAUUUCAGACAAUCGUUUAGGAAGUUGGGCAUGUUAAAACAUGUUUUUGUUGAUGUUCCUAUAUUGGCUGUAACUGCAACUGCAACAGAACGAGUCAUUAAUGAUAUUAUACAUGUGUUGAAAUUAAAAAAUCCUCAAUUGGUUUGUUCUGGUUUUGACAGGCCUAAUUUGUAUUUGGAGGUGAGACAAAGAACAAGUGAUUUUAUGAGUGAUUUAAGGUUUUUGAUGGUAAGAAAAGAUGGAGAGUGGAAGUUUGAUGGACCAACGAUUAUUUAUUGUAUUAGACGUAAAGAUACUGAAAAGUUAAGUGAGCUUUUGCAACUAAACGAAAUAUCUUGUUUGCCUUAUCAUGCAGGCUUAAGUUUGAGUCUUAGACAAGAAGCACAUGAGCAAUUUGUUAAAGAUAAAAUUUCUGUAAUUGUUGCAACAAUUGCCUUUGGUAUGGGUAUUGAUAAACCUGAUAUAAGAUAUGUAAUACAUUAUGGUACAAGUGGCUCAUUGGAGAGUUACUACCAGGAAAUUGGAAGAGCUGGAAGAGAUGGUUUGCCUGCAAAGUGUGUGACUUUUUAUUCUAGCAGCGAUUUUAUAACCAGGGAAUUUUUAGCUUGUAAAGGAGGCAAUGAAGCACAUCAAGGCCAACUAUUAGAGCGAAUGAAGGAAUAUUUGUAUUCAAAUAAAUGUAGGAGGAAGUUUAUUUUGCAGUAUUUCGAGAAUAAGGUUCCAGAUUUGCAAUUUAGGCCCGAUUGUUGCGAUAUUUGUAAAAAUUCAACCAAUCAAAUAUCAUAUGAAGGGCUUGAUGUUGAAGGCAAUUAUGACUUUACUGAAGAUGCUACAAAAUAUUUGAAGGCAAUUGAAGCUGUGGGAAACAAAUUCGGCCACGGACUGUAUAUUUUGUUUCUAAAAGGCUCAAAGUCUUCAAAAAUACGCCCGCACUUGCAAAAACAUCCUUGUCACGGUUCAGGUAGUGACAAAUCCGAAGACUGGUGGAAGGCAAUUGCCAACUAUUUAGACAUGAAAAAGUAUUUAGCAAAAAUCCGAACAAGUAAAGGCAAAUUUUCGUUUACAGUUUUUCAAAUCAGUAAUUUGGGCAAACAGUUUUUGGCCAAACAAACUCAACUACUUGAACCACCUACACAAGACAUUUUGAAACAUUUAAAGAAAAAACAGCAAUCAACUGGUUGGAUUUCUGCCUCGUUAACAUCUACAACCACCAAAUCUGAAACCCAAACACAAGAAACAGAAACCCAAGAAGAAAUCGAUUCAAGAUUGAAAAUCUUACGUUUUCUCAAAAACGAACGCAGCCAAUUGGCUUCAGCUAACAAUGUAAUGCCUUAUAUGGUGGCUUCAGACUUUAUUUUAAUGGAAAUGGCUCGGCACAAGCCUAAAACAAUAGAGGAAUUGCAAAAGUUGCAAAUCAAUGGCCUCACUGAAGCAAGGAUUACUAAAUUUGGCCCUAAAUUAAUAAAAAUUAUACAAAACUUACAGGAAAAUCCAACUAUAAAAGAGAUUUUACAACAACAUCCAAUAACUGGUGUUACAAAAACAGGCGAAACAUUAUUGAUGUCUUAUGAAUAUUUCAAAAAACAAUAUACAAUUGAACAAAUAGCAGAUCGAAGAGACCUACAAGAAGGUACCAUAAUCAAUCAUCUAGUAAAAUUAAUCAAACAUGGAUAUCCAAUUAAAUUAGCCUCAUUGGGCGUCAGCCCAGAAAUACGCACAACAAUUCUACAAACAAUCAACAACUUAGGGGGCGAUUUUUCUACAAUUACCCCAAUCAAAGAAGCUUGCCCUGAAGAAAUCACUUACCCCCAAAUUAAUGCAGUUUGUGCUUAUUUGACUGUUAGAAGCCACUUAAAGCAGCUUAACAUUCCUUAUGUUGAAUUUGAAGAUUUCGUUUUUCAAGAAAUUGAUGAAGAUGAUGAUAUGUUGAUGGCCUUAUGUGAUGAAGCUGAAAAGGAGCUAAAAAAAGAGGAGAAACAAGUAAUUUUGGGGGAUAUCGAUGAGCCUCAAAUGAAAAAAGUUAAGACGGAAUUUGAAACGAAUAAAGUAGUGUUUGGUUCUUCUCCAAAAGAAAAUGUUGUUAAAGUUGAAAUGGAACCAGAAAUGGAUAUUGUAGAAAAUGCAGUGUUUGAUUCUCCUCCAAAAGAAGAAGUGAAAUAUGAUGCCCAGCAAACUGCUGAAAUGGAGCCAAAAAUGGAUAUUGUAGAAAAUGCAGUGUUUGAUUCUCCUUCAAAAGAAGAAGUAAAAUAUGCUGCCCAGCAACCUGCAAAUGUAGUGUUUGCUAAGAAAAAGAUGCCUCAAUGGUUGUCCAAAAAGAAAUAGGGACUUUUUUUUGUUUAAAAGUAGAGUUUCUGAUUAUUUAUUGUUCUAUAAUUCAAUAUUAUUAAUGUUGAAAUUAUUGUAUAUCCUAUUCACAAUCCGUAGUCCAAAGGUAAAGGUAAAUUUAUUAUCUUUCUCCGUAUCAAAUAGCACUGCUAGGUGAUAGAUUUUACCUUUAUCUUUGGACAUCCGAUUGUGAAUAGAUAAUAGUUGUUUAAUUGUGGUAUUAGUCAAAAUAAUUAUUGGUGAAAUAUUUUCUUAUUUUUAUAAUUAAACAAUAAUUGUUAAAAAAAUCAAGGGUUGAGAAAAACUGUAUUGUUCUCCUUGUGCAAGUUCUGAAUUUUUCAUAAUAAUUGUCAAAUAUGAUGAUGAAAACUUGAUUGGAAAUCUAAAAAAUUCCUACUUAUAAAAACUUAAAACCAAGACAUACAGCUUUAAUGUCUAGGAUUAUUAUGAUAAUAUGUUAACAGACUUCUUAGGGUCUAGAAUUGCUUGUCAAGCCUUCUAGAAAAAGGAAUUGCAGCCACCGACUGGUAAUCUAGUUGAAACUUGCUGAAUCCUUAUGUACACCUGAGAGUGAGAACAGUUUAUAUGUGCCUAUGCAAUAUUUCUUGUGAACAACGUUGC